AUGCAGCCCCAUAAUGCCGACCCCAACAAGGUUUUGUCGUAUCAGACUGCUGAGGAUUCGGCGCAUAUAGACUGUAGUCCAAGCUAUAGUUUUCAAUUUGGUGCACCACAAGGAACGAUGAUGACUCAAUUGGAUUUGAGGUUUAUGGUUCCGGCAUUAGCGCAGGGUAUUUAUGUGAUUAGUGCUGACUAUGAAGGAAGGAAGGAAGCAAGCUGGCGUUUGGCGCAGGUUUACUAA